AUGGACAACAUCUUGGAGAUUCGACAGACCAUUCAUAUUGGUGUAGUCGUUGCAACUUUCCUUUUCAACACUGGACGUAUUAUAAAAGCAGUAGACAUCUUUAACGAAUGUUUGGUGCUCCUUAACAGUUACACCCUAGAGACAAUCAAAGAAUUUACCACACCACUUCUUAUCUAUGUAUGCUGUAAACUUCUUGAUGGCUAUACUCUUGUGUACGAUCACACCCGUGCUAUAGAAUGUGGUAAAAAGCUUUUAGUGACACUACACAAUAGUGGCAAAAAAGAAGUAGAAGGAAUGACAUUACUUAAACUAGCAAACAUCUACUAUCAUAGAAGCAAAUACGAGGAAGCAAAACAGUUUUACGAGAAGGCACUCAGCACCAUGAUUAAGGCUGGAAAUAAUCUCGGAGUUGGAAUAUGUUACAGAAAGCUAGGAACUGUGUUUUUCUCUGUUGGUCAAUAUACCAAGGCUGAAGAAUACCAUAAAAAAGUACUAGUGAUCAGCAAAGAAAUCGGUGACAAACAAGGAGAAGCAGCAGAUUACGGAAAUCUAGGAGCUGUGUUUCAGUCUGUUGGUCAAUAUACCAAGGCAGAAGAAUACCUUCAAAAAGCACUAGUGAUCAGGAAAAAAAUCGGUGACAAACAAGGAGAAGCAGCAGAUUACGGAAAUCUAGGAACUGUGUUUCACUCUGUUGGUAAAUAUACCAAGGCUGAAGAAUACCUUCAAAAAGCACUAGUGAUCAGGAAAGAAAUCGGUGACAAACAAGGAGAAGCAUCUGCUUACGGAAAUCUAGGAGCUGUGUUUCUUUCUGUCGGUCAAUAUACCAAAGCUGAAGAAUACCUUCAAAAAGCACUAGUGAUCAGGGAAAAAAUCGGUGACAAACAAGGAGAAGCAUCUGCUUACGGACAUAUAGGAGCUGUGUUUAGUUCUGUUGGUCAAUAUACCAAGGCUGAAGAAUACCUUCAAAAAGCACUAAUAAUCAGCAAAGAAAUCGGUGACAAACAAGGAGAAUCAUCUGCUUACGGAAAUCUAGGAACUGUGUUUAAAUCUGUUGGUCAAUAUACCAAGGCUGAAGAAUACCUUCAAAAAGCACUAGUGAUCACGAAAGAAAUCGGUGACAAACGAGGAGAAGCAGCAGAUUACGGAAAUCUAGGAGCUGUGUUUCAAUCUGUUGGUCAUUAUACCAAGGCUGAAGAAUACCUUCAAAAAGCGCUAGUGAUCAAGAAAGAAAUCGGUGACAAACAAGGAGAAGCAUCUGUUUACGGAAGUCUAGGAAAUGUGUUUCAAUCUGUUGGUCAAUAUACCAAGGCUGAAGAAUACCUUCAAAAAGCACUAGUGAUCAAGAAAGAAAUCGGUGACAAACAUGGAGAAGCAUCUGCUUACGGAAAUCUAGGAACUGUGUUUCAAUUUGUUGGUCAAUAUACCAAGGCUGAAGAAUACCUUCAAAAAGCACUAGUGAUCAGGAAAGAAAUCGGUGACAAACAAGGAGAAUCAUCUGCUUACGGAAAUCUAGGAGCUGUGUUUCAAUCUGUUGGUCGAUAUACCAAGGCUGAAGAAUACCUUCAAAAAGCACUAGUGAUCAGGAAAGAAAUCGGUGACAAAGAAGGAGAAGCAGCAGAUUACGGAAAUCUAGCAACUGUGUUUCAUUCUGUUGGUCAAUAUACCGAGGCUAAAGAAUACCUUAAAAAAGCACUAGUGAUCACGAAAGAAAUCGGUUACAAACAUGGAGAAGCAUCUGCUUACGGAAAUCUAGGAACUAUGUUAAAAUCUGUUGGUCAAUAUACCGAGGCUGAAGAAUACCUUCAAAAAGCACUAGUGAUCAGGAAAGAAAUCGGUGACAAACAAGGAGAAGCAGCAGAUUACGGAAAUCUAGGAACUGUGUUUCAGUCUGUUGGUCAAUAUAGCAAGGCUGAAGAAUACCUUCAAAAAGCACUAGUGAUCAGGAAAGAAAUCGGUGACAAAGAAGGAGAAGCGCUUGCUUACGGACAUCUAGGAACUGUGUUUAAAUCUGUUGGUAAAUAUACCAAGGCUGAAGAAUACCUUCAAAAAGCACUAGUGAUCAGGAAAGAAAUCGGUGACAUACAAGGAGAAGCAGCAGAUUACGGAAAUUUAGGAGCUGUGUUUCAGUCUGUUGGUCAAUAUACCAAGGCUGAAGAAUACCUUCAAAAAGCACUAGUAAUCAGCAAAGAAAUCGGUGACAAAAAAGGAGAAGAAGCAAAUUACGGAAAUCUAGGAAAUGUGUUUCAAUCUGUUGGUCAAUACACCAAGGCUGAAGAGUACCUUCAAAAAGCACUAGUGAUUAGGAAAGAAGUUGGUGACAAACAAGGAGAAGCAUCUGUUUACGGAAAUCUAGGAAGUGUGUUUCAAUCUGUUGGUCAAUAUACCAAGGCUGAAGAAUACCUUCAAAAAGCACUAGUGAUCAUGAAAGAAAUCGGUGACAAAGAAGGAGAAGCAACUGUUUACGGAAAGGUAGGAGCUGUGCUUCUUUCUGUUGGUCAUUAUACCAAGGCUGAAGAAUACCUUCAAGAAGCACUAGUGAUCAAGAAAGAAAUCGGUGACAAACAAGGAGAAGCAUGUGCUUACGGAAGUCUAGGAACUGUGUUUCAAUCUGUUGGUCAAUAUACCAAGGCCGAAGAAUACCUUCAAAAAGCACUAGUGAUCAGGAAAGAAAUCGGUGACAAAGCUGGCGUUGGAGCUUCAUACUUAAAUCUGGGAAAACUUUGUCGAGAACUUCAACUUACUGCAAAGAGUCAAGAAUUUGCUAAUAAAGCACUUGAGAUAAGUUACGAAAUAGGGGACAUUGAACUGCAGUUUAACAGCCACCUUACCAUUGCUCUGAACGAGUUCGUGGCAGAAGGAAGCAUAACUGAACUUCGGCGAAAUCUGCAUGAAAGCAUUCAGAAGUGUGAAGAAAUGCAUGAUUUUUUAAGAGUGAAAGAUGAAUUCAAAAUUUCUUUUUUUGAUGAGCAUGUGUCCCCUUACAUUCUUCUUUGUAGGUUGUUAAUUGCUACAGGCAGUUAUUAUGAAGCUCUUUACGUUGCCGAGCUUGGACGAUCCAGAGCACUGACAGACGUACUUUCAGAUAAUUACUCUGUGGAAAAAGGGGUAUCAGUCAACCCACAGUCAUGGAUUGGUAUUGAGAACAUUAUGAACAAAAAUGCACUUAGUUCUUGUCUUUAUGUUUCCUGCUUCGGUGAUAAUAUGUACUUUUGGAUCCUCAAGCCAAACAAAAUGAUAGUUUUUCGACAAACGAGACUCAAAGAAAGGGCAGAUAAAGUGUUUGGAAAUCAGACAAUUGGUGGCUCUCUUGAUUUACGUCAAGACCAAUGCGAAGAUCGAUCAUUAUUUUCACGUGUAACUUCCCCGCUAUCAUGGAAACAAUCUCAGAGUGACAGCUUCGAAUCUUUGCGUCUUAUAGAAGAAGAGGAAGACGAAAAUCCUGACUCUAAACCUUUAACCCUUGCUGACGGUUACAACAUGAUAGUCGCUCCUGUAGCUGACUUACUCCAAGAAUCAGAAGUCAUUAUUAUACCGGAUAACUUGUUAUAUCCUAUUCCUUUUGCUGCUUUAAAAGAUGGUAAUGGAAAGUAUUUAUCGGAUACUUUCAGGAUUCGCAUUGUCCCUUCCUUGACGACUCUUAAGUUGAUUCAGCUCAGUCCAGCAGACUACCAUAGUAAAACCGGUGCACUGAUCGUAGGAGAGCCAGACGUUAGUGAUGUAUACUACCGAGGAAAGAUUCUACAGUUAAACCCACUGCCUUGGGCGAGAAAGGAAGCAGAGAUGAUUGGGCGACUGCUCGGUGUUCAACCGUUACUUGGAAAGGAUGCAACUAAGCAGGCAGUCCUGGAAAGCAUGCAUUCAGUAAGUCUCAUUCACUUCGCUGCUCAUGGUUAUGCCGAACGUGGAGAAAUAGCUCUUUCCCCUAUAAGCUCCUGCGGAACUCCACACGAAGAAGACUACUUAUUAACGAUGGCUGAGAUUUCACAAGUUCGACUAACAGCCAAGCUGGUUGUCCUUAGCUGCUGUCAUAGUGCAAAUGGUCAGAUUAGAGCUGAGGGAGUUGUUGGAAUCGCUCGAGCAUUUCUAGCAUCGGGUGCACGCGCCGUGCUGGCGGCGCUGUGGGCUGUAGAUGACAAAGCUACCAUGUGGUUUAUGAAUCAUUUUUACGAGCACCUUGUUCGUGGUGAAAGUGCCAGUGAAUCUCUUCAUCAGGCCAUGAGGUCGAUGAGAGAGACUCGCUUUUCUGACAUCAUGCAGUGGGCACCCUUUAUGCUGAUUGGAGACAAUGUGACAUUCAAAGGUUUGUAUUUGAUAUCAUUUUUAGGUUUUUUGGUUGUCUUAGUCAAAAUUUGUGAAAUUGGUGUUCGUGACACUAUAUUAUUAAGGGAGUUAUACUGAGUUUUCUUAGUUUUUUUUUGUUUAUUGUCAUUUCAAACCAUGUUCAUGGAAGUGAGGCAACUGGAGAGAAGGCCGAAUUUAAUUAUUUUCCGAUUUUUUUUUUCCGAUAUCCAGUUUUCCAGGUACAAGCCCCAGGGGGGCUUUUAUUUGGAGGGGUGAUUUAACGGAAGGUUUUUUGCGUUACCGGUUGGCGGGCUUAUUUUUGGAGGGGCUUAUACAUGGAGGGGCUUAUUUUCGAAAUAUUAAACCAUCACAGAAAAGAGAAGUAAGUGUUAAAGACACCGAGGGUGUACCUGAUGAAAGAAAAAAUGUAGCCUGUUGCAGGCUCCGCGACUGAGUCGCUCCGCACGCCUUUCACCGCUCUAUUCCUACUACCUGAGAGCCUGGAACAGGCUAAAAAAACGCUGCUAGUAUUUUUAGUCUUAAAAGAUUCAUCCUCAGUGAACCAGAGACAGCGCAGAGGGUAUACGUAGUAAUUACCAGUGGGCAAGAGUUUAAAAGCAGACGGAAAGAUUCCCUGGGUACUUAAUCUAGCCCAAGCAAGUACAGGGGCAUUUGAUUUUGCAACUUCUAUUUUAUACAGGUAUUUUUCUGGCAAAUGAGCUAAGGGCAACUCCCUUGUCGAUUUCGUGUCUUCUUAAAAGGAGGUUUUUUGUUAUCAGUCGCCUCUUUUAUGAGGCUUGUUCUGCGGAGAAGUCGAAAUAAGUCUGCUAAUAGGUUUUUAAUUUAUUCAUAUUUUAUUACCAGUGGGAUCUUUUUAAUUAUUUUAAUAUUAUGAAUUGUAAAGCGCUUUGGUCAAUUAGUGGAGUUAGCGCUAUAUAAAUUAUGUUAUGUUAUGUUAUAUGCCCCCAAGAAAGUAUUCCUUUCGAUUCAAUUGGGUUUUACAAUACGUUUUGCUUUAGUUCUCUUCGUAGUCGCGAUUUUGUACCAGAGGAGAUGGCUGAUAUUCUGGGCAACCAUUGCUUCCAUAAAUAUUGAUCUUCAUUUUUUAUGAUCAGGCUACUCGGGUGGCAAGGGAUAGCAUGGUUGGCUUGAUAUCAAUCUCCUGCUUCAAGCUAUAAUCUGAUCAGCAUACAAACAGCAAACGAAUCGAAGGAAUUUGAAAUAAAGUAAAAUAUUCUCACUGCAUACAUAAUUGGUCGGUGACGCGGGAAUUAAGUAACUCUUUUAAAUUCCGUGGUGUUGGGCCUGCACGCUCAUGGCAUAAUGCAUUGCGGCCCUUGGUUAGAAUUGCUUAGUUUUUGCCCGCCUCUUGGCUGGUUCAACGGGGUUCAGUGGAAGUGACUUAGAAGUUUCGCCCCUCCCACCUCCUCUGGUGGCGGUUGACGUCGCUUACUCUCAUUAUUCGGCAUGCCUAUUGUCCUGGCAGUCGCGGCAGUCGCGGUUGCCUCCCACAACUUAGUUCUCCGUGUCGGAAAAAUAGGUAUGCAGUGCGAACAUUAUACGAAUCACAUUUAAUCUGAAAGUGAUACAAUAUGACUUUACUGAAUUUUUAGCAUAUAAAUGAUUCCUCGAUAUGUAAAGGUUUUGUUAUUUGUUUGACCUUUAAAAAAUCUGUGCCAGAUAUUUAGGUAAAACAUUUAGCGCAACGAGCAACAGAAGCAUCGAUGGCUGAAAUAAAUCGUGCAAAGAAUACAUACGAAAGGGAACCGUCAUGAUUAGUUUUUUUUAUUUGUAUCGCAGGUGCAUUUGAUAAGAGCAGUUUGAAAGAUGGCGAAGGUGCAACGGAAACAAAGAACUUGUAA